AUGUCAACUUCUGAACAUAUCUAUGCCAAUGAAUCAAUUGGAGACCCCAGCAUCCGUCUCUCCCUCAUGACCAUCAAAGUUGGAGACAUCACAUCCUAUAUGAUCGGUAGAAUACCAAUCUAUGUCCCACAGACUGGUAAUGUGAUCAUGUACACAUCCUACACAUUCAACAACUAUCAAUACUUUAUUAUGGAUGGCAGGAGAGGCAAUCUAUUUGGACCAACCAAUGUGAAUGAUUAUAACAUGUUAAGGAAUCUUGUAACAUACGCCACUGUUUAUCCAUCAUAUGUCGAAUCAAAUGCAUACAAGUUCUCAACUGGACCAUACAUCAAUCAGACGAUACUUGACUCUAAUGGAGUGUUGACUACAUUGCUCAGCCCAUUCAUCACUUCUUAUGACCAGAGUGUGAUCACUCAGUUGGGUCAGCCAGAUAUUAUAUUGGGACUGGAUAGCCCCAAUGGCAAGUUCUACGAUGGUCCUCAUGCUGGCAACAACUACCAUGUAGUAUCAUUCGACUUUACACCGAUGCCCGUGUUCCAAGUCAACGAAUCAUUCUCUUGUAUUGAACGUGGAGGAUGUUGGAUCAUCAUGAAGUUGGUACCAGGAGGAAUGUCCCUGACCAGCUCCAACUACACUGUCCUGAUUAAUGGCGCCAGGGUUACCGGAGACAUCCGUCCAUUCACAGACAACUCGUCAUUGGGAUUCUUUGUUCCACCAGGUUCAGGAACAGAUUUGAUGAUGGAGGUGAUUGUAGAGGGCGUGGCAACAUCUGGAUCAAACAGGAACUUCUUAACAUAUUGGGCUCCAAAAAUCAUGAGUGCCUCUCAAGUGAUGGUAAACGAAACAUCAUCAGUGAUCACAUUGAGUGGUCGACUAUUUGGUGCCAACCUCACUAUUAUGGAUGUGUACGUCAAUGAUCUGAAGCAGACCCCACAGAUGGCCACUGUCACAGUUGCCAACACCGAGACCAUCUACCUCACUGUUCCUCCAGGUGUCAAUGACCUAAACAUCUCUGUUGUAGUUGCCACUCAGCCGUCCAACUACUUCCUUAUCCCUCGUCUAGUGGUAUCAACCGCCACAUCACUAGUCAAAAUGAUUCCGGGACAGGUGACAAUCACUGGUCGAGGAUUCCGUGAUGGUAUGUCAGUCGCGAUCGGUGGAGCUGCAUGCACGACCCCUGUGGUAGCGGCCGAUGGACUAUCUUUAGUGUGCCAAUUCGACGCGUCUGCGCCUGGUGACAGCAAGGAAUCAUUGUUUGUCAAUGUAUCCACUCUAGGCGUUUACGACCAACAACAGAGAUUCUUGUACAUUGACAAUGGUUGUGGUACUGAACCAUUGUGCUCUGGCCAUGGCACGUGCACCAAUGGUAUCUGCAUCUGCACGCCACAGUUGGGCUACGACGGCCCCCUUUGCUCCAUACCCAUCAAUGGCAAUAACAAUCAGACGCCCUCUGUAACUGAUAGGAAUGGUACCAUUGGUGACUUCAAGGUAUUCUUCACUCACAUCCGAGAGAUUGACGAACUUGGCAAUACGGUGGUCAUAUUCCCAGCAUCAGACCUUAUCACCAAGUCCAAGGAAAAGGUUGGCAACAGAGAGUCAACGAUUGGAACACUGCUUAACAUCACGGGAUUCACCAUCAACAUCACAUCCAUUGUGUUUGAUCAGGACACCACAUGGUGGUUCGCAGGCCAGGCCAUCAACAUUGGCAAGAAUGGCUUCAAGUAUCAGAUUGAGCUUAAUGGAUGGCCGUUCAAUAGUCGUAACAAUGUACUCCAACUCAUCUAUGAGUUGCAAUCGGACAAGAAUGUGGAUAAUGGUUGCUCCAAGACUGAUUCAGCCAACAGUUAUGAUAACGCCGACAACCUACUAUGGGUGCAGAUACAGCUUGGUAAUCAAUACUUCCUCGUGCAGUUUGCCAACAGGAUGUUGGUAGACAAUAGGGUGGCGGCAAGCCACACCCUGUUGCUGGACGUAAGCGACUCAAUCUUCCAACAGCCAUACUUUGUGCAACAGGCCAACAAUGCGUCGUCUACAUCAAAGAACAGGUUGGUGGUGGGCAUGGCUAUGCCUUUCUUUGCAUCCAGUGUGAUUGAUCCAACAUUCUCCGUUUUGAUCAACAACAAAGGACAGAGUGCCAAUUGUCCCAAAGCAUCAUUAUGGUGGAUAGCCAUUGUUGUUGCUGGUGUGGCAGUGGCAGCUGGAAUUGCCGUCGGCGCAUACUUCCGUCACAAGAAGAACGAUCAACUGAAAAAGAGAAUAAGUCAAGCCAUGGAGUUAACCGCUUCAAACAGAUAA